CUUCCGGCUUGGGAGGUGCGGCGCUUUGGGCACGUGUGUCGCUUUCCUGGGUUCUUCGUUUCCUCUCUCCCCUGGUGAACUUGUCAGGUCGCGACUCCUUGCAGGUCCAAGGAUGAAGGCGAGAAGAAAUAAAAAACAAGUCCCAAGCUUUCGUAAGUUAAUAAAAACAAGUAAAGUCAAACUUGAAAACAAGCUCAAAAAUAAGCAAUUUAAACAACAAAGCACUAUUAAGAAGUACCGAAAAGAGCAGAGGAAACUAAGGCAAGCUGUGAAAGAUGCUGUGUCUAAGAAACCCAUUCCACUGGAAGAUCCAAAGAACAAACGACAAGCAGCUCAAAGGACUGAGAGGGAAGAUGGGGAAGAGGAAGAAGCCCUUCCUUUAGACAUGCUGGAUGAAGAUGACUUACAGUUGUUGAAGGACUUAGGGCAAAGAGCAUCUUUUCUCACAAGAGAUCUUUCCUCCAGCAAGCCAGUUCACAUCAAGAAACGUAAACAUGAGAGUGUUAUAGAUAAAUACGAAAAGGUACCAAGAACUCUGCAAACUGCCCCAGAGAAGGAGCUGAUUCACUUGCUUCCUAUCAAAGACAAAGGCGGCAUCAUCCCCCAGACCAGGGAGAAGCCAGUUCCUGACAUUCAUAGAGAAGAAGAGGAUCAAGAAGAGGAGAUAGAACUUGAAGAAGAGAUCCCUGAGAUUCCUGUUAAAGAGCUCACCAUAGAAGAACAUUUGGCUGAGAGAAAGAAGAAACUACAGGAUAAGAAAAUACAUAUAGCUAACUUGGCAUCUGCCAUACUGUCAGAUCCAGAAAGUAAUAUUAAAAAGCUGAAAGAAUUGCGUUCCAUGCUGAUGGAACAGGAUCCUGAUGUGGCUGUUACUGUUCGCAAGCUGGUGAUAGUCUCUCUGAUGGAGCUAUUCAAGGACAUCACUCCUUCAUAUAAAAUUAGGCCCCUAACAGAAGCAGAAAAAUCUGCCAAGAUUCGCAAAGAAACCCAAAAGUUAAGAGAAUUUGAAGAGGGCCUUGUUAGCCAAUACAAAUUUUAUUUGGAAAAUCUGGAGCAAAUGAUUAAAGACUGGAAGCAAAGGAAGCUGAAGAAAAAUAAUGUAGUGUCCUUAAAGGCUUACAAAGGACUGGCUGAAGUGGCUGUGAAGAGCCUGUGUGAGCUGUUGGUGGCCCUGCCUCACUUUAACUUCCACAAUAAUAUCAUUGUAUUGAUUGUUCCUCUGAUGAAUGAUGUGUCAAAAUCGAUAUCUGAAAUGUGUUGUGAGGCAGUGAAGAAACUCUUUAAACAAGAUAAAUUGGGUCAAGCUUCUCUUGGUGUAAUUAAAGUGAUUUCUGGCUUUGUGAAGGGCCGAAAUUACGAAGUUAGACCAGAGAUGUUAAAAACAUUUUUGUGCCUGAGAAUCAAGGAAGUAGAGGUCAAAAAAGAUACGGAAGAUAUUAAUAAACCAAAGAAGUUCAUGACUUUCAAGGAAAAAAGAAAAACUCUAUCUAGAAUGCAAAGAAAGUGGAAAAAAGCAGAAGAGAAACUGGAGCGAGAGCUUCGGGAGGCAGAAGCUUCAGAGAGUACUGAGAAGAAACUUAAAUUGCACACAGAGACUCUGAAUAUUGUGUUUGUAACCUACUUCAGAAUACUGAAGAAGGCCCAGAGGUCGCCUCUUGUGCCAGCAGUUCUAGAAGGCCUUGCCAAGUUUGCUCAUCUUAUCAAUGUGGAGUUUUUUGAUGAUUUAUUAGUGGUUCUUCAUACUCUCAUUGAAUCUGGUGACCUAAGUUACCAAGAAAGUCUUCACUGUGUCCAGACUGCUUUUCAUAUUCUUUCUGGACAAGGUGAUGUUCUCAAUAUUGAUCCAAUGAAAUUCUAUACACAUCUCUACAAAACACUGUUCAAGUUACAUGCAGGUGCCACUAAUGAAGGUGUUGAGAUUGUUCUCCAGUGCCUUGAUGUCAUGUUAACCAAGCGCAGGAAGCAGGUUUCUCAUCAGCGAGCUCUUGCCUUCAUCAAGCGCCUUUGUACGCUUGCUCUUCAAGUUCUCCCAAACUCAAGCAUUGGCAUUUUAGCAACUAUCAGAAUAUUAAUGCAUACUUUCCCCAAAACAGAUUUGAUGCUUGAUAAUGAGUCUCAGGGAAGUGGAGUAUUCCUCCCUGAGCUGGAUGAGCCUGAGUACUGUAACGCCCAGAACACUGCUCUGUGGGAGCUGCAUGCCCUGCGGCGACAUUAUCAUCCCAUAGUGCAGAGGUUUGCUGCUCACCUGGUUGCUGGAGCACCUUCUGAAGGCUCUGAAGCCCUAAAACCUGAGUUGGGUCGAAGAUCUGCAUUUGAGCUUUUUGAGUCUUACAGUAUGGCAGACAUGACAUUCAAUCCGCCGGUUGAACCUUCAAAUUCCAAAAAGAAGGAUAAACUUUCACAAAGGGACACAUUUUUGAAUGAAGAUCUAAAUCAAUUAAUCAAAAAAUACUGCAAUGAAGUUGUUACUGAGACACCUCUGGACUUCAGCAAUUGUUUGAAAACAUGCCUACGAUAGUACAAGGAUAAAGUCACUGUCUUCUGCACUUGGGUGUGUGCAGUUACGUACACAGAUAUGUUGUUAUGCAACAGUGAUGAAGAGGAUGGAUUCACCCUUGGAAUGGAUGUUUCUUUCAUAAUGAUGCUGCUUUUAAAAAUUUAAUGUGUACAUUAAGUUAUAACUUAAAAACCUUUGGGUCCUGUGGCUGGGCAUGAGGGCUCACACCUGUAAUAGCACUGAAGAAACAGGAAGAUUACGAGCUUGAGGCUAGCCUAGACUAUAUAGCCAGCUCAAGCCAUCUUGGACUGAAUGUAGAGCAAGGUCUUAUGUAUCCAUCAAGUUACUAGGAUAAAAUGCCUGACAAACAUGAGUUUAAGGAAGAAGAGUUUAUUUUGACUUACAGCACCAGAGUGGCAAGGCAAGCAGGAAGCCAGAAUCUCAUUGUCAUACCAGCAGGUAGGAAGGAGAAGAGAUGAGUGCUAAAUACUCAGCUAGCUUUCUCCUUUUUGAACAGUCCAGGAACCCAGCCUCUAACUGUGGUGCCACCCACAGUUAGAGCGGGUCCUCCAACCUCAACUAACCUAAUCUAGAAAAUUCACAGAUGGGCCCAGAGACCUGUUUUUGUAGUGAUUUUUAACUUAUGAUGGCCGCUAGAGAUAAACCAUCACAUCCUGUCUCAAAAAACCCAAAAAUACAUUUGGGAACUGAGUGUAGUUCAGUGGUAGAGUACACCUACGUAGUCCCCAUAUGACAUGUCAGAAGUCUUGGGGUAGACCUUAAGUGUUAUAUUAGGAUAUAGAGCACAGAAAAAUCAAGACUGGGAAUGGUUUUUAUCAUUUAGCUGCUUUCUGAAUAUUCUGUUAUGUUAAUAAUAAUAAAUAUUAAUGUCAUUGCAGCAUCGUGAAUGAAAAUGAGAAAGUACAUUUUUAUGAAUUUUUAAUUGCUUUAAAUUGGACUUAUGUUCAUUGGUUUUUGUUUAAAGAUACUUUUAAAAGUAACCUAAUUUGGCCUUUUUAAAAAAGUGUUUAUAUUUACUACUUUCAAAGAAAGUUUGACCAAGAUUCUUGUAUCUUUGAGAUUCUGUUAUUUUCUUCCAUGUGAGUAAUGGGGAAGAACGGAUCCAGGCAAAGACAACCAAGCCCAGUCCCACUAUUCUGCUUUAGGGACAAGUGUACCCAGCAGACAACCUCUUAUGUAACAGGUAAAAAUAUAUAGUCUGGCCUGGAGGGAUGGCUUAGCGGUUAAAGCAUUUGCCUGCAAAGCCAGAGGACCCAGGUUUGAUUCCCCAGGAUCCACAUUAGCCAGAUGCACAAGAAGGCACAUGCGUCUGGAGGCCCUGGUGUGCCCAUUCUCGCUCUUUCUCCCCCUCUUUCUUUGUCAAGUAAAUAAAUAAAAUAUUUUUAAAAUGUAUAGUCUUAUGUAUAUAGUUAUAAAGCUGUAUUUUAUUUAAUAGCUAUUACCAUGUUAUAAGAAUGGCCUGGGGAUUGUUUGUGUAAAUAUUUUCUGCUAAUAGUUGAAUAAAAUAGCUGAUUUUUAUA